AUGGAGAUGGAGAUGGAGAUGGAGUGCGUUCAAUACUAUUGGCGCUACCACUGCCGCCGCCACCGCCACCGCCUCCUCCCUCGCCGCCCUCUCUCUCUGCUCCUAUUCUCUUCACUGGUCGUCUACUUCGUAUUCUCCACUCUCGUCAUCGGGAACAUGCUUUAUUUUUUGCCUAAUGAUUUUAAUAUUUGUGGUGGACAUGUUUUAUGCUGUAUUCAUAUUUUAUAUCUCAGUGACGGAAAGCUCGAUAUAGUUGUUCCCUCAUUUGUUCACUACCUGGAAGUCCUUGAAGGUUCUGAUAGAGAUAAAAUGCCAGGAUAUGAAGCUCCAAAUAUGAGGAAACUUGCAGACAAAGUGGCAGCCGAGGGAUUUCUAGUAGUGGUUCCUAAUUUCUUCUAUGGUGAACCUUUUGAUCUUAAUAACCCUAAUAUGGACUGGGAAUCAUGGAGAAAGGCGCAUAGCGUGGAUAAAGGGUUUGAAGAUGCCAAGCCAGUAAUUUCUGCUUUACGAAGCAAAGGAGUCACUUCAAUAGGGGCUGCAGGUUUUUUCUAGGGUGGUAAGAU